AUAACACAAUAUUCGAAAACAAUGUUAAAGCAAACACAUUUUUUUUUCUUUUUAAAUUGGACACAGGAAAAGCAAAAAUCCGAAAAUAUUUUUUGCAUUACUAUGGUUUGUUGAAAAUGUAGGAGGGCGGAUUGAAAUUUUAAAAGUUCGUCCCUAUCGUGAUUAUUACCUGUUACCGUUACAGUGUUAUUUAAGACCAUUCUUUACGUUUUUCUGUUGCGAGACGUUCAAUGCAUAGUCAGAAUUAUAACAUCUCCAUUAUUAAUAGACUUAUUGUUAUGAAAUUUUAAAUAUAAUUUGUCAAAAAUGGUUUACCAUAACUUUUUUUAAUUCCGUAAUUGUAUGAGAUUUUCAACGCAUAUUUUAAACAAAAAAUCAGUAUAUCAGUUAUUUAUGGAAAACAGUUGUGUCAAAAGAGUUCUAGGAAGGUACUCGAAAUCUUGGAAGGAUAAGGCCCGGUUUUACAAAUGUCCGGUUCAACACGAGUUCAACUGAACUUGAGUUCAACUGAACUGAGGUUCAAUUCAUGCGUCCGUUUUACAAACACCGCUAUCGUCCGGUUCAGCUGAGCCACAAAUUUCCUUAGGUUGGUAGCGCGCACCCGAGAAUCUGACAGUUGAGACCACGUUGGGUCUGUUUUGUUGUCAUUAUUUGUGUACGCCGAUUCGAAGUUGUUUACAUUAUUAUAAAUUAUUUGUGGUAAAUUCUGCAAAGUAAUUAGUUUUCUGCGUUUGUGGGAUGAGUAAUACACGUGCUCCGAAUUUUACAAAAUCCGAAGAAAACCUGCUCCUAUCUUUAGUGAGCAAGUAUAAAAAUAUUCUGGAGUGUAAAUUGUCCAACACUGAUGCAAAUCAAAAAAAAAAUCAGUGUUGGAAGAAAAUUGAAGUAGAGUUCAAUUCUUUAUCUGGCCCGACCUUCCGGGACCACAAAGUUUUGAAAAAAAAGUACGAUAGCAUUAAGAAGAGGACAACGAAAAAAUUUGCUGACGAGAAAGCCUAUGUCGGUGGUACUGGGGGAGGGUCACAACAAAGUAUUGAGGUCACCGAUGUUGAUGUGGCUGUAAAAGAAAUUCUCGGGGCCAGACUAAUGGGGCAUAGCAGCGAAUUUGAUGGCGAUUCCGAAACAACCUCAUUCCAAAGUAACGGCGGGAUAAAUGUUGGUUGUCUCAUCACCACGCCUGCCCAUUUGGAAGAACAAUGUACAUCAAUGUAUAAUCUCUCUGAUGACGAAAAUGAUGAUUGUUUUAUGCCAAAAGAUCAAACUGGAGCAAUGUCGAGAGAAGUGCCUGUUAUGGAUAAAAUAAGUUGUCCCAAUAAAGAAAGUGAAAAUGGUCAAACUGGGAAUUGGGCUAAAUACACCCCCAAAAUGUUGAAGCAAAAAAAAUCUUCAGCACUCACUCCAUAUCAUAGAGGUAAAGGAAACCAGACAAGUGAUAAGUUAGAGCAAUGGGCCGCUGCCAAAGAACUUGUCGAACUAAGUCGAAAGGAAUACAUCCAAAAGGAGCAAGAGUUUAAAUUAAAAGCCAUGAAAGAGAAACAUGAAUUAGAAAUGCAAAUUAUGAGAGACAAAGCUGCAGUUGAAUUAGAAGUAAUCAAGAAAGAACACCAAAUGAAGAUUGAAAUAUUAAUUGCCCAAAAAUUUAAUAUUUUAAAUAAUAAAACUUAAAUAAAUAAUUA